CAGCUGGCGAAUGAGCUCAGGAAAGCGGAAUAAACAGGAGCAGCUGGCUGGAUGUUGGUCAUAUGAUGCGCCGAUUUUCACUGUCCCUGCAAAAAUCGAGGAAGAGUCGAUUUAUCAGCGCUUUUAUCAGUCACUAUAAAAGAAGAUCUUUUUAAAAACAGUCAAGUAUAGAAGGGGUUUUUUCUUCAUCUGGAAAAACAGGAACAAUGACUGCAGCACUGCUGGAACAGUAUCGAGAGAGAAUCCGGACUGAACUGGACAGAGUCGUGGAUUUCUGGCUGAAAUAUUCCCAUGACAAAGAACAAAGUGGGUUUUUUAACUGCCUUGGAAAAGAUGGGAAGGUCUAUGAUGAGCUGAAAUAUGUGUGGUUACAAGGGAGACAGGUCUGGAUGUACAGCAGGCUGUAUCGUACAAUGGAAAGAUUUCACAGACCUGAGAUUCUUGAUGCUGCUAAAUCAGGUGCUGCAUUUCUGCAAAAGUUUGCUCGAGUUCAGGCCUCCAGCGGCCCGGGGAAAUGUGCCUUCUGCCUGACGAGAGAUGGGCGAACAGUGAAGGUUCAAAGGACGAUAUUCAGCGAGUGUUUUUAUGUGAUGGCCAUGGAUGAGCUGUCCAGGAUUACACAAGACAAAGAGAUGCAGGCAGAUGCUGAGAGCAUGAUGGAUCGGUUGAUAUUCUGGGUACAGACGGAUUCAUCAGAUCUCAGUCGUCCUCAACUUCCUGGUGAUCCGCCAAUCAACAGCAUGGCAGUUCCCAUGAUGCUCCUGUGCCUGGUAGAUCAGCUGACAGAGGGUAGAACUGAUGUUGCAGAAAAGUACAAAGACCUGAGCGGAUGGUGUGUGGAGCAGAUACUACAGCAUAUACAGAGAGAUGGAAAAGCUAUUUUGGAAAAUGUCACGUUGAAUGGAAAGGAACUUCCUGGCUGUCAAGGGCGUUUGCAGAACCCUGGUCAUGCUCUGGAGGCUGGCUGGUUCCUGCUGCAGUACGCACUGAAAAAAGAAGACGCGCAGCUGCAGAAGACAGCAGUGGAUAAGUUCAUGGAGAUCCCGUUCCACACCGGAUGGGACAAACAGCAUGGCGGCCUUUUCUACUUCCUGGAUGUAGAUGGUCAUUGUCCGACUCAGUUAGAGUGGAAUAUGAAGUUGUGGUGGCCUCACUGUGAAGCUCUGAUCGCCUACCUGAUGGCCUACAGUCACAGCAGAGCGCCUCUGCUACUGGACCGCUUCAAGCAGAUCUAUGACUACACCUUCAGCCAUUUUUCUGAUGAGGAACAUGGCGAGUGGUUUGGAUAUCUGAGUUGUAAAGGAGAGGUUGUGCUGGAUUUCAAAGGAGGACCCUUCAAAGGGUUCUUCCAUGUUCCUCGGUGUCUUUACAUGUGUGAGAAGCUUCUGGAUGGUCUUCUUGAAAGGCAGGAUUCUUGAACUUGCAGACAUUUUGCACUCCAUGACCAAGAUGUGACAGAUGUUCCUGUAACAGCCAGUUGUCUAACGUUUAAAUGAAAAAGAGACUAUAUAGAUUUUUUUUGUUUAGAUUGAAAUAUUUCUAGCCAUGACCAGUACUAUGUUCGCUAGCGGAUUUGUCUUGGAAAGGUAUUUUUUUUUUUUAUAUAUAAAAAGGUUAUUCAGCUAUGUUUUAAAAAAUGUUUAUAUAAAAAUGUUCUUGAACUUUAAACCACUCCUCUGAUGAUAACUGUGCUGCUCUUAUGAGCCUCUUUUGGUCCAUCUAUUACAUUUCUUCUUAAAAAGAAUUCUGCAUACAUUAGUGUAUAAAACACAUGUAAAGACAUUCCAAAUGUGCUGAAUAAAUUGACGUCUACUGAAGUUA